UAGGUGCUGAUGGAUGUGCUCGCUCUUCUCUGAUUUGGCAGGUGGAAGCGAAGACGGGAUGGCGCCUCAAAGCGUCGAAGAGGAAGACGAAUGCGUCAGUGGAGCUACCCUCAUCGCGGAGGCCCUAAAGAUGCAGAAUAUUGAGUACAUCUUUGGUAUUGUUGGUUUUCCCAUAACUGAAGUAGCAGUUGCUGCUCAAGCAAGUGGAAUUAAGUAUGUUGGAAUGCGCAAUGAACAAGCUGCCUCCUAUGCUGCCUCUGCUGUUGGGUACCUGACAGGCAGGCCUGGUGUAUGCCUUGUUGUUUCUGGCCCGGGUCUUGUACAUGCUCUAGCUGGAAUGGCAAAUGCAAACAUGAAUUGCUGGCCUUUGAUUGUCAUUGGAGGUUCCUCUGAUAGAAAUCAGGAAACAAUGGGAGCGUUCCAAGAAUUUCCACAGGUUGAAGCUUGUAGGUUAUACAGCAAAUUUUCUGCUAGACCAAGCAGUCUAGAAGCUAUUCCUGCUGUUAUUGAGAAGGCUGUCAGAAAUAGUAUCUAUGGUCGUCCAGGUGCCUGUUAUGUUGACAUACCCGGAGAUUUUGUGAAUCUACAGGUGAAUAAGAGCACUGUCAGGUAUGUAGAAUGCUGUCCAGCACCUCCCAUCAGCUUAGCUGAAGAGUCGGCUGUUUCAAAGGCAGCUUCAUAUAUUGCAUGUUCCAGAAAACCACUCCUCAUUAUUGGGAAAGGUGCUGCAUAUGCACGUGCUGAAGACAGCAUCCGAAAGUUGGUGGACCAGUGUGGGCUUCCCUUUUUACCUACUCCAAUGGGGAAGGGAGUUGUUCCUGACAGCCAUCCAUACUGCGUAGCUGCUGCCAGAUCCAGGGCCUUGCAGUCUGCUGAUGCAAUAAUAUUGCUUGGUGCCCGGCUGAACUGGAUUCUACAUUUUGGGCUUCCACCAAGAUUUCGACCAGAUGUAAAAAUUAUCCAGGUAGACCUUUGUGCAGAAGAACUAGGAAAUAAUGUGAGACCUGCAGCAGCCUUACUGGGCGACAUAAGAGCAGUGACUGAGCAGCUUUUAGAACACCUGAACAGAAAGCUUUGGAAAUACCCUUCUGGUACAGAGUGGUGGUCAGAGCUGCAGGCAAAAAUGAAAAGCAAUGAGGAGACUUCCAAGGCACUCGCUAAGCAAAAGCAGCCGCUCAUGAAUUACUAUACAGUAUACCACCACAUCAGGGAACUUUUGCCGAAGGACUGCGUUUUGGUCAGUGAGGGAGCAAAUACAAUGGACAUUGGGCGCACAAUGCUUCCAAACUACUAUCCUCGCCACAGGCUUGAUGCUGGCACCUUUGGGACUAUGGGAGUUGGGCUGGGUUUUGCCAUAGCAGCUGCCAUGGUUACCAAAGACCAUAAUCCAGAGAGGCGAGUGGUCUGCAUAGAAGGAGACAGUGCCUUUGGAUUCUCUGGCAUGGAGGUGGAGACUAUAUGCAGGUAUAACUUGCCCAUCAUUAUAAUCAUAGUCAACAACAAUGGAAUAUAUAGUGGCUUGGAUUCAGGUAGCUGGAAGGAGAUACUGGAGCUUGGAGAACCUGCUACACGUGCCCCUCCGGUAUGUCUGUUGCCAAAUGCUCAUUAUGAGCAGGUAGCAUCUGCCUUUGGUGGUAAAGGGUACUUCGUCCAAACUCCAGCGGAACUACAAGCAGCCUUGAAAAAGAGCCUGGUGGAAAAGGGCACCCCUUCCCUCAUCAACAUAAUGAUUGACCCACAGUCAGACAGGAAGCAGCAAGAUUUUCAUUGGCUGACACGAUCCAACCUAUAGUAGAAGAUGCAAGGUCUGGACAUCCUAAGCAAAACCGUCUGUGUAAACUUAGUGUUUUGGACUUGAAACCACACUACAGCUGCACUCUACAGUUGUUUAUAUGGAUUGCAAGAUCCUUAUGUAUUUGCCCAGUCUUCACUGGCCAAGGACUGGCGACGUGGCUGUCAAUUUUAUCACUCUCAGGGACAAGCAAAUGAGGGGCAAAUUGUACCCAGCUCCCUUCCUUAUUGCUGCCGUAACCAAUCAUGCUGUCACAGCAUCAUCCAUGGGGUCUUUUGUCCCAGCUCUUAAAACUAAGUUGCUGUAGUGCUGAAUUUUAUAUCUUUUCCUGGUAAGAGAAUGCUUGUAUAGCUUUGUGGUAGCUGCACGUGACAUGUCUCUGUCUGUCUGCUAGAAGACAGCAUGGAGACUAGGAGUGUGCAUUCGGGUCUACCCAAGCUGAAAAUAUACCCAAAAAAUACCUUAUCAGUAUUUUGGGGGUAUAUUUCAGCUUCCCGAUCCUUAAACCAUGCUGCCGGAGAAGCCAUUCUAACUGGUAUUUCUCUUAUUGGGUCUAUUGGACUUGGAAAAAUUUGGGAUUUCUGAAAAAUACCAUAUCCCAAUACCAUGCUGUUAUUGGGAUCCAGGAUUUUUUGGAAAUACUGAAAUUUUGGGGGGUCCAAUAGACCCGAACUGAAAAAUACCAAUUUAAAAAAAUUGCAUACCCCUAAUAGAGAUUAGCAAACACUCAUGGUGCUGCAAUGGAAACAUAGCCGCAUGAUGUUGCCUUAUAAAACGGACCAAAAUAUAAAAGCUAGAAGUAAAAUUGUGGAGUUCUAAAAAAACUUAAGACUGAGCUGUAACAAACCCUACCAGUGUUGUUAAAUAUUGUGCACUUCUGCUGGCUUUGAUACAGGUAUAUAUUGGAACCCAUAGUUAAUAUAAGUCUGUAACCUUUUUUCCUUGUAGGCCACAGUCUUACAUAAUAUGAGUAGAGAAUAUAUGGAGAAGCAACCUGCUCUGUUAAGGGGGUAACUGGUUCUUAAAUGUGUGUUCUGAUGCUUUGCUUACCAGUUUGUUUUGUGUAAUAUUGGUUGAGUUUUGCCCUUUUUAAACACACAACUAAGUACUGUUGGGGUGUGUUGAGUAUGGAGGGGAUAAUGUUGCUUGGCUCCUUCACACUUUGAAACAAAUCAGACUUCCAUAGCUUAAAUGUAGUUUAUAGAUAUGAGACAUCAGUUUUAGCAUUUGAUAAGCAUUGAUUUCUUUCCCCCCACAACAUUCUAUAUUUCAUACUUUCUGUGAUCUGGUAUUAAAUCAUGGUGUUGCAGUGCUUUCUUAUAAGUCAGCAAAUAAAUUCAAAAGUUUUCAGAAUAGAAGAAACCUACCAACAGUAGAAACCAACCUUUGAAUAUAUGAAUCUUUGUCAUAUUUACACUUGGGCAGAAAAGUACAAUGAGUUAUAAUCCUAGGAAUCUGCUAAACAAGUCCCAUGUAUUUCUGAAAUUCUCUUUCCAAAAAUUUAGAUACUGUUCAUUUUUUAAAGAAAAUUGUGCUCACUGCCAUUUAUAUUCACCAGAGGGCACCCUUUAUUCAUGAUUCUUUUUCUCUUUGAUACUGUGUACUGAGCAAAGCUACUUUUUUCUGAAUACAAAUUGGGGAGACAAAAUGUUAAUUACCAAUGAAGCUGCAAAAAAAUCUACAAACAAAUAAGAUGCUAAUAGAGCAAAAAGUAAUAGAGCAAGAAAGUAUUUGCAUUUGACUAGAUAACCCUAGAGGUCCCUUCCAACUCUUUUAUUCUAUGAUUCUGUGAUGAAAUAACGACUUUUAAAUCAUGGAGUUUAUUGUACCUUUUACUGAAUGCAGGAAUAGGAGCUGUUUGAUUCAGUUAUUACACCCAGCUGUUUUGUGGGACAUGCUCAGUUUUAUGCAUGUAAACAGUAUCUUCUAAUGAAAAAAACAGUGUACAAUUAAACUCCAGUACACUUAUCUAACA